AUGUCAGUACAAAUCACAUGUUACCCCUCUCUAGGCAAAGCAACCUGCCUCAAACAUGAAAAGAUCAGGUUCACAGCCCAGCUGGAGCCUGGCCCUGGCCCUGACUCCCCAGAGGAAUGGGAAGUUCAGAUCUGGCAUAAUAUUGGAGGCGUUGAAUGGUCAGCACUUCCUCUCCAGAAAUGCCCUUCAACAGCUGUCCCGCUCUUGAGCAGCGGUCAAGCUCACGGCUCAAACAAACGGCACAUAUUCGAAGGUGAAAUGACUCGUCCACAGUCAGGCAUUGGAAAAUUUACUAUCCGGUAUCGUGAACAUCAAGAUGGAAAUGGAGAUUCGGAAUGGCGAUGGGCGAACCAGGAGCAACAGGUCGGCGACGGCGAACUAAUCUUCACCUCAAACAACUCCAGCCCAGAGCCGCAGGAGCUCGGUAUAUCUUCUUUUGAGGGUCUUGGACUGUAUUUUGAUAACCUUUCUCCGGAUAUCAAAGUUGGGAUUCGCAAAAGCGAGGCGCCUGGUGCCGCUCUCUGGAGUUUAUCAGGGCCUGUAGAGCCAGCGAAAGAUGGACAUUCGGGAAUUGCGCAUUCACCACUCGGGGUGCCGUCUUGCGUAUUGAGAUUCUUUGCUCUUGUUCGUUUGUCCGUGUCUUGGUUGGGCCCGAGGCAGGGUAAGGAUAAGCUUGACCUGUCAGAAGAUGCAAUUCUCUGCUCAUUCUUGCGGCAAGAUGGGACGCAUGUUGUGAUUUUAGGUGUUUCGGUAGACGAUGUUCUCACGGUGUUGGGCUCUGGGUCUAACGGUGCGGUGGUUGUGAAAGCACGGAAUGAUAAGCCUUCAUCAUCUCGUUUUCAAGUGUUGGUUUCCGCGGCCGAUGACUUUGACAUUGCCAUGAGCGCUUUGGUAUAUGAGGCGAGGAAGCUGGUCAGGCCGUAUGACAUUAACGUCAAUGAUGAUCAGAAAGCACAAUGGAUGUCAAGCUGGUACGAUGGCCUAACAUACUGCACCUGGAAUGGAAUAGGACAAGACCUGAACGAAGAGAAGCUCAUCUCUGCCCUUGACGAAUUAAAACAUCAAGGCAUCAAUAUCAAGGGCCUCAUUAUUGAUGACAAUUGGCAGUCGCUGGACAACGAAGGAGGGGACUCUUGGUAUCGUGGCUGGAAGCAAUUCGAAGCGAACCCAAAGGCGUUCCCUAACGGACUUGCGAAGACAGUGUCUACGAUCAGAGAACUCCACCCGAAUAUCGAGUAUAUUGCCGUCUGGCAUGCACUUCUCGGAUACUGGGGUGGCAUUUCUCCCGACGGGGAACUAGCAUCUAUGUACAAAACCAGAGAAAUCCAACUCAACAGCUCAAUUAGAAGCUCAAUGCUUGCCAUCGAUCCAUCCGAUAUCCAACGCUUCUACAAUGACUUCUACUCCUUCCUCUCGUCCGCCGGAAUCACCGGUGUCAAGGCGGAUGCCCAGUCCUUCCUCGACCUUCUCAGCAAUCCCAUGGACCGGGAACAAUUCGCAGCCUCCUACCCAGACGCCUGGGCAAUCUCAUCCCUUCGCCACUUCGGCCCCAAGGUCAUCUCCUGCAUGUCCCAAUUCCCUCAAACAAUCUUCCACUCCCAACUACCCACCAACAAACCAACCAUCGUCGUCCGCAACUCUGACGACUUUUUCCCAGACAUCGAAGACUCGCACCCCUGGCACGUCUUCUGCAAUGCCCACAAUGCGCUCUUAACGCGGUACCUAAACAUCCUCCCAGACUGGGACAUGUUCCAAACUAGCACCAAAAACCCCUACUCAUCCUUCCACGCCGCCGCGCGCUGCAUCUCCGGCGGACCGAUCUAUAUCAUAGAUACGCCAGGCCAGCACAACGUCUCCCUCAUAAAGCAAAUGACAGCCCCCACGACCCAAGGUGACUCCAUAACCCUCCGCCCCGGGCUCGUCGGCCGCACCCUCGAUAUGUACCACGAUAUCAAGGAAGACCAUAUCCUGCGGGUGGGAGCAUAUAACGGCCGUGCUCGAACAGGGAGCGGGAUACUCGGCUUGUUCAACGUCACCACAUCCGCAAAAUCGGCACUCUUCGCUGUAUCUGAUUUCCCUGGGAUUUACGAGGAGGACACCCAGAGCACGUAUAUUGUGCGCUCGCACAGGAGUGGGAAGAUUGCAAACCGGUUAAAUUCGUCUUCGACUGUUUCAGUGAAGCUGGAGGAGAGGGGAUGGGAUAUUCUCACGGCUUAUCCGACGUGGUCGUUUACAUUGGCAGAGAAAGAUAAGGUCGAAACUGAAGUCGCUGUUUUGGGUUUGUUGGGUAAGAUGACGGGCGUCGCGGCAUUGGUUAACUCGGAUGUAUUCAUUGAGAGUAAUGGGCGGUUGCGGGUUGAUGUUUCGAUCAAGGCGCUUGGAGUGCUAGGGGUAUACUUUUCGGAGCUACAGGGGUGGGAUAUUGAUGAGCAUUUCAUGGUUCUGAUUUCAGGACAGGCGGUUCCUAGGAAGACGGUUUGGAAGGAGAAUGGACGGGUUCUGGCGAUUGAUAUCGAGGAGGCGUGGAGAGAGAUGGGAUUGGAGGCUGGGUGGAGUAAUGAGGUGAAUGUUUCGGUGUUGUUGUAA